ACAAUUCCCCGUUAUGGAACACCAGAUCGGUAACUGUUUGUUGAUGGCUGGAAACUACAUCGGUUUCUACCCUGCUUCCCGACGGGACCUGGCCUCACCGGUUCAGUUGUCCCCCGGAAAGUCGUCGGCUGUGCCGGGCCUCUGUGGCGAUGUGUCCCCUUGGGGAUACUCGUCCGGAGUGGCAGCUGACUCUCUGUCGCGUGACCAUCCGCUACGACUUCGGGUUGGUCCAGGCAGGGAGGCGUCACCGCUAUUACGGUGGCGCCCCGGUUCGAGACUCAGCGCUUCGGCUUGUCCGUGAUGUCCUUCGGGACCGUCCGGGGUCGUUGAAGACGGCUUGUGGCCCUUCGGGGCUCACUCGCCAGGUAGGCUGGGAUCCGUCACUGCGUGAGAGGGGCAGUGACGCUCGUAUCGCUAGGUCC